AUGGACGUGCCCGCAUUGGCAAGGGUGACAGUCCCAUGUCAUUGGGUGCCAAAGGCCGGAAGACCUCAGUUGUCGAGUGGCAUCGAUGUUCGCCUGACUUUGCCCAUGAGUCUUGCAGCUCUUCAUUUUGGGAGGAGGUGCUCCAUGCGCCAAGCCCGCCAGCGCAGUCGCAGCCGCACGCAACACACCGUGAUGAGGUACACUUCAAUGUGCAAGGAUUCAGAUGCACCGGAGUCCAUGCGACGACGCUUUGAGGCUGUGGUGGCGGAAGCUCAAGAGAACAUUUGCAAAGCUAUCGAGGAUUGCGAUGGAGGUGCCAAGUUUUGCAAGGAACCUUACACACGAGAAUCCGGUGGAGGCGGUAUUGCCCGUGUGUUGACCAAUGGCAACAUUUUUGAGAAGGCCGGAGUGAAUUUGAGCGUGGUUUAUGGGCAAAUGCCCCAAGAAGCUUUGCAAGCUGCCACUGAGAGAGGUGCAGACCGUGCAGGUGGAAAGCUUGAACCUGGUCAGAAGGUGCCUUUCUUCGCUUGUGGCCUUUCUUCAGUGAUGCACCCGAAGAAUCCAUUUUGCCCUACCAUGCACUUCAACUACCGGUACUUUGAGACGGAGACUGGAGCAUGGUGGUUUGGAGGUGGGACCGACAUCACCCCCUCAUAUCUUGAUCGAGACGACAUGAAGCAUUUCCAUGGGACCUACAAGGAUGUUUGCGACAAGUACUCUCCAGAAUGGUACCCAAAGUUCAAGAAGUGGGCAGAUGAGUACUUCCUGAUCAAGCACCGUGGGGAGACACGUGGCUUGGGAGGUAUCUUUUUUGAUGACUUCAACACAGAGGAUCCUGAGACCCACUUGAAGUUUGCGGAAGAAGCUUUGGAUGCAGUUCCGAAAGCAUAUGUUCCCAUUCUCGAGAAGAAUCGAGACAAAGAGUUCACAGAGGAUCAGAAGCAGUGGCAAUUGCUUCGCCGUGGACGAUAUGUGGAGUUCAAUUUGGUCUAUGACCGCGGCACAGUUUUUGGCUUGAAGAUGCUGGGCAGCGGAGUUGGCCGCAUCGAGAGCAUUUUGAUGUCCCUUCCAGAGAAUGCACAAUGGCUCUAUGCCCACGAACCCAAAGAAGGCUCACCUGAAGCGGAGAUUAUGGAGUGCUUCAAGGAGGCGAAGGAGUGGGUUUGA